AUGAAGCAAUUGCUCGGUGACGGAGCUGCUUCCACAAGUGACAGCUUCCUCAGAGAACUCUUUCUGCAAAGACUUCCGAGAAAUGUGCAGAUGGUCCUAGCCACUACGACAAACCUUUCAACGGACGAACUCGCCACCCUCGCCGAUGCUGUAAUGGAGGUUGCUAUUCCAUCACCCUCCGUAAUACAUGUGGAGACACCACACCCUCCUUUCCCAGAGCCCACACCUUCAGCCGUUUCGCAAGUGUCUACCCCCGCACCAACGCAAGACACCUCUCAGCACAUGGCCGCCAUUGAAAGCUUGACGCAACAAGUGAACAACCUUACCCAUCUUGUCGCGACACUGGCAGCGCGGAGCCGUUCGCCAAGCCCCCGGCGCUUCCGCCGACGAUCGCUCACCCCUCGCGGCCGGCGCAGCCCAAGCCCUCGGUCCAACGGCAUGUGCUGGUACCACCAGCGGUUUGGCGCCGAGGCCCGGCACUGUUUCCAACCCUGCUCGUGGUCGGGAAACGCCCCACCCAGUCACUAA